GAAUAUUUUAAAAAUACAUAAAAAAAAAUUCUUCAAAAAUAAAAUCUGACAUAGUUGUCAUCCUUUCCAAAUAAAAAGACUUUCCUCCUUUCUUCUUCUUCUUCUUCUUCUUUGAAGCCAUGGUUGGUGAACCUUGAUAAGCCCAGCUAGCAUAGCUAUCUGAUUUAUUAAUUAAUAUCUACAAAAGAAAUAUUAAUUGUUUUUUUUCAUACCCAAAACAAUUAAUUUGACACACACAAAAAAAAGAAGGAAAUAAAAAAAAUAUGCAGCAGCAGCUUCUCUUAUGGGCUGGACUAGAGAGCAAUUAUCACAAGUGGUUGUUGGACUGGACAAAGUGGAGAGUCUUUUUGUGUGCAGCAAUGGUCAUCUUCUACAUGUUCUUAGCAUUCCUUCUGCUGUGGAAGUACGAAUGGUCGGCGGCAGGCAGCGGCGGCAGCCGGAAUGAUGGCGGCAGUGGCAGCGGUGGUGAUUCAAAAACAUGGAUGCCAUGUGUGAAAGAAGUGAGCCCAAUAUGUUUGAUGGCCUUUAGAAUGGUUUCUUUCUCUCUUCUUGCAGCAACACUCACUUGCCAUGUUGUGGUCUAUGGUGGCACCCUCUUCUACUACUAUACUCAGUGGACUUUCACAUUGGUUACCAUUUACUUUGGGUUUGGUUCAGUGCUUUCAAUACAAGGAUGUUGGCAGCGCAAGAAAUCAAUGGAAAGGGUUAGUGAUGAUGAUAGAUGGACGGAUGAGAUUCAAGGGUUGGAAGAUACACUUCUUGCAGGCACAGGGCAUUGCCGUGGAGUCAAAGCACUUGAUUACCACACCACACUCGAAUUCUACCAACAAGAAAGAUCUGUUGGAUUUUUUGCCUAUGUUUUUCAACUCCUUUUCCAGAUGGCUGGUGGAGCAGUGGUUCUUACAGAUUUUGUUUAUUGGUUCAUAAUCUUUCCCAAACUCGAUGAUUAUUAUGACUUCACUUUCAUGACGUUGGUUGCACAUUCACUUAAUUUGCUGCUUCUUGUCGAUGCAUCUCUGAAUUGCUUGGAGUUGCCAUGGUUUGGGAUUGCAUAUUUUAUUUUCUGGACAGGGGCUUAUGUCUUAUCCCAAUGGAUUGUUCAUGCUUGUGAAUCUAUCUGGUGGCCAUACCCUUUUCUGGACUUAUCAUCAACAAAUGCUCCCCUCUGGUAUUUGGUGGUGGCAUUAAUGCAUAUUCCCUGCUAUGGUAGUGUUGUAUUACUCGUUGAGCUCAAAAAAUUGGCACUCUCCAAAUGUCAACUUACAUAUCAUCUUGUAUCUAGUGAUGAUGAGAUCAUUACCUCAUGUUAAUCAUCAUCAUCAUCAUCAUCAUCAAUUUUAUAAGAUAUUCCUUCCGUCCCAAAUUAUUUGCCACAUUUGUAUUCCUGAGGCAAAAUAUCAAGUUUUUUUAAUUAAUUUUAUUUAUAUAUUGGUAUAGAAAUAAAAAAUAAAAUUUACAUAUAAAAAAACUACAUGAAAAGUUCUUCGAAAUAAGAGGUGUCAAGAAUAUUUUAUUUUAUCAAAUAACCAAUAAAAACGUCGAAAUAAAUAAAAGUUCCCGCG